AUGAGUCCUCCACUACCACCUCCCAUAAAACGUGGUCGGUCAUCAUUACAAUUACUACAAGUAAAAUCAAAUGAAAAGAAUUCAACAAUAACUGCACGCACUGCAUCAAGUCCUGCUCCAUCUUCAAGCGUUCGAUUUGAUAAGUUUGAUCACUGGCCUACCCCAACAUCGAAAGGUCGUUGUCGAAUUCGUGGUUGUACUGGAUACACAAGAAUAUCCUGUUCAAAAUGUGAACUACGUCUAUGCUUGAAUAAUAAAAAUAACUGUUACACAGAUUAUCAUAGUUAA